ACACUUAUCUUUCCAGCUCAGUGCCCCUCUCUCUCUCUCAUCUUCUUCUUCCAUUGUUCGCUUGCUUGCUCAUGUCGUCUAGCUCUAUCCAAUUCCAACACGGCCACCUAUAAAAUACGUCCGCUCGAGAGCUGAGCUUACAGCAUUUGAGGGAAUUCCAGCUUAGCGGAGAGAGCACGGGGAGACCCGGCAGUGUCUGACAUGGCGGCGAUGUGGCUGGCGCGCCGCGCAGCGAGGAGGCUCCCGCCGCUUCUUUCGCGCCAGGGCGGCGAACCCACCCGCCCAUGGUUCUUGGGCUCAACAGCGCCGCCGCCGGUUCUUGGUUCGCCACCGCUACCGGCGGUGGAGAGAAUCUUUCGCCGGGGCUUCUGCUCCGUCCGGCGCUUCGCCGGGGAGAGCAGCGCCGCCGCGGCCGCCGACGCGGACGAGGAGGAGCCAGAGAACGGGUUCGCCGGCGGCGAUCAGGCGAUUGACUUUCCUGGAGGGAAGGUUUCAUUUAUGGCUGAAAUGAACUUCCUUCCGGAGUCACACGGGGAAAGGAUCAAAUGUUAUCGUGUUCUUGAUGACGACGGAAAAACUAUAUCUGGUAGUAGAUUCCAAGAGGUCAGUAAGGAGGUGGCCGUGAAAAUGUACAGUGAGAUGGUCACCCUCCAUAUCAUGGACAACAUCUUCUAUGAAGCGCAGAGGCAGGGUAGAAUCUCCUUUUAUCUCACUUCCAAUGGCGAGGAAGCAAUCAACAUAGCAUCUGCUGCUGCGCUUAGUAUUGACGACAUUGUGCUACCUCAGUACAGGGAACCUGGUGUUCUUAUGUGGCGUGGUUUCACACUGCAAGAGUUUGCAAACCAAUGCUUUGGGAACAAUAUGGAUUAUGGUAAAGGGAGGCAAAUGCCGAUUCACUAUGGAUCAAACCGCCUUAACUAUUUCACGGUCUCAUCGCCUAUUGCAACACAGCUCCCUCAUGCUGUUGGAGCUGCCUACUCUCUGAAGAUGGACAAAAAGGACGCAUGUGCUAUAACAUACUUCGGAGAUGGCGGCACAAGUGAGGGAGACUUCCAUGCAGCUCUCAACUUUGCAGCUGUUAUGGAAGCACCGGUGAUCUUCUUCUGCCGCAACAAUGGAUGGGCAAUCAGCACCCCAACUACUGAACAAUUCAGAAGUGAUGGAGUGGUUAUCCGUGGCCAGGCUUAUGGGAUCCGUGGUAUCAGAGUAGAUGGCAAUGAUGCUCUUGCCGUUUACAGUGCAGUCCAUGCUGCCCGAGAAAUGGCUAUAGCUGAAGGGAGACCGAUUUUAGUUGAGGCCCUGACUUACAGAGUUGGCCAUCACUCGACAUCUGAUGAUUCAACCAAGUACAGGCCAGUUGAUGAGAUCGAGCAUUGGCGAACAGCAAGGGAUCCAAUUUCCAGGUACAGAAAAUGGGUUCAGGGGAACGACUGGUGGUCUGAUGCUGAAGAAUCUGAACUAAGGAGCAGAGUGAGGAAAGAGCUUCUUCAAGCCAUUCAGGUUGCAGAAAGAAUGCAAAAACCACCAGUUGCUGAGCUCUUCACUGAUGUUUAUGAUCAGGUUCCUUCCAACCUGCGUGAACAAGAGCAAUUACUGCGGGAUACAAUCAUGAAGCACCCUGCAGAUUACCCAACUGAUGUACCUGUUUAGUUUUCUUGGCCUUAGAUGAGCAAUAUCGUUGUGUAAGUAUUGAUGAUUCAGAUCCAUAUAGCAUUAUAAAUAAUAUAGUAAUUCAGCCAGUAAACUGCUGAUUCAACAGGCUCUAAAACAAUAGUUCUACCUGGCAGAUGCUCACAGCAAAUUCAUAGGCAUACUGUACUGUUGCUGGUAUUUAUGUGGAAUAGAGCCAUACAGAGAUAUUUCAGUUCA